AUGAAGUCCCCAAUUUAUCUUCUCACUGCUCUUCUUCCCCUUACUCUGCCCCUAGUCAAUGCUACUCCAACCGCGGAGCCUGAUGACCUUGAGGUUGAGGGCUCUGUUCUUGAGGAUCGGGAUAAUUGCAGAGUUGAAAGACCAUUCGUCUACCGCAAGUACCCCUGUGACUCGAGUGACAUAACGGGCCGGGCCAACAGAGGCGACAAUGUCAAUUUCCAGUGCCGAUACAGAAACUGGUACAAGACCCCCAAGGGAUGGGUGAAACAGGACGACAAGCCUCGUAGAUGCCUUAUUUUGAUAUUUAAUGGAUUUGUUGAUUUGUUUAUCUAUGAUAUAUUUAAAUUGCUCCCAGAGUCUACUGAGAACCAUUCAAUAUUGGAUUGA